AUGAUCGAAGAGCGAGCUAAAGUACCUCGAUGCUCUCGUAUUUCUGAUAAUGCUAGAGUAGUUCACUGUAUACCGUUCAGUGACCGAGGCCCAAUCAGUUCAAAUUGUACCUAUUAUACUGACCAUAUGCGCUUCAUUUCAAAACGUCGUCUUGGUGGUGACAUGGAAAUCGACAACGAUAAUGAACGGAAAAGAACAUUGGCUACCGGACCUGCUCUUCUGCAGAUUUUGGAGAUGGUUCCUUGGUACGACUUUAUCACGGAUAAAGCGGUGAAACAAAAUUUGAUACUUCAUGCGGUAUUGGCAGAUAAAUUUUGA